GCCUGCGCGGUGGGGAGCUGCUCGCGGCUCCCGCUCGGCCUUGGGCUGGCUGCAGUCUCAGUUUGAGGGCGGCCGAAGUGGCUGGCUCGAUUAAGAUGAGGUUUCUGCUAGUUCUCCUGGUGGCGGCGUCGGCGGUGAUCCGGAGCGAUGCCUCGGCCAACCUGGGCGGCGUGCCUAGCAAAAGAUUAAAGAUGCAGUACGCCACGGGGCCGCUGCUCAAGUUCCAGAUUUGUGUUUCCUGAGGUUAUAGGCGGGUGUUUGAGGAGUACAUGCGGGUUAUAAGCCAGCGGUACCCAGACAUCCGCAUUGAAGGAGAAAAUUACCUCCCUCAACCCAUAUAUAGACACAUAGCAUCUUUCCUGUCAGUCUUCAAACUAGUAUUAAUAGGCUUAAUAAUUGUUGGCAAGGAUCCUUUUGCUUUCUUUGGCAUGCAAGCUCCUAGCAUCUGGCAGUGGGGCCAAGAAAAUAAGGUCUAUGCAUGUAUGAUGGUUUUCUUCUUGAGCAACAUGAUUGAGAACCAGUGUAUGUCAACAGGUGCAUUUGAGAUAACUUUGAAUGAUGUGCCUGUGUGGUCCAAGCUGGAAUCUGGUCACCUCCCAUCCAUGCAACAGCUUGUUCAAAUUCUUGACAAUGAAAUGAAGCUCAAUGUGCAUAUGGAUUCAAUCCCACAUCACCGAUCAUAGCCCCACCUAUCAGCACUGAAAACUCUUUUACAUUAAGGGAUUUUUUGCAAGAGCAGCGUGACUGACAUUAUGAAGGCCUGUACUGAAGACAGCAAGCUGUUAGUACAGACCAGAUGCUUUCUUGGCAGGCUCGUUGUACCUCUUGGAAAACCUCAAUGCAAGACAGUUUUUCAGUGCUGGCACAUUUUGGAAUUCUGCACAUUCGUGGAGUGCAAUAAUACUGUAUAGCUUUUUUUUCUUCCCCAAAUUCACUCAGUUAAUAGUUUUUAAAAAAUGUAGACAUUACUACUUGUACCUUUUUUUUCCUUAGUCAUACUUGGAAAAGUAGAAAAUUGAGUUACAAUUUGACUUUUUUUCAAAGAUGUCUGUUAAAUCUGUUGUGAUUUUAUAUGAAUUUUCCUUUUUUAUAGUUUAAAAUUGAUCUUUUUGGGAAUACAGCUGAAGUUCCCAAAAACUUUAUAAGAGUUUAUCAGGCAUCUUUAAUUUGGUCAUGUCCAAUUUAUAUAGUUUUCAAAACACUGCAGAUUGUGAACAGUGCAUUAUAUGAGAUAAUGGGGGGAAAUCCUAUAUCUAGAGUACUCUACCAAUUUGUGUGUGUAUGUGCGUGUGUGCGUGUGUGAUUACCAGAGAAUUACUAAAAGACCAACUGCUUUUUAAAUACUGUUAUGUAGUUCAAGUGUCUUGCCUUGACCAAUCUAAUGAGUUGAUUAACUGGGCCUUUAUACCUAACUCAAUAAAAAACUAAGCGGAUGUAAGUUAAAUAAAAAGUUUGAAUUUAUUGCCCAGCGUACCUAUUAACCUUAUAUUUAAAAUUGUCUUCCUCAAUUUUUGUUAUUUCAUAAGUAACACAUUUUAGAUUCACACACAGUAAUAAGUCAUUUACCAUUUUUAGGAUAACUGAAACUCAUUUCAAAGUUCAGUUGAACUUCUUUACAACAUUAAUUUUAGGUGAAUGGAGACUACUUGCCUAAUAAUUUAACUUGUUUACCAUCAUAUAUCAGAAUUUUAUUAUAUUUAAGGAACAAAAUUGAAAAGUUUUUUAUUCAGUGAAUUUCAUAUCUUUCCAGAGUUCUAAAAAGAUAGUUUUUUUUUUUAACAAAAAACGUAAACUGAUGGACUGUAAAAGUAAUUAAGUGGAAAUAGGAUCAUAAUGUAUAAAAAUAGUCCUAUAGCAACAGUCUUAACAUAUUUUAGCAUCCAUAUGGGAAUAGGAAUGAUAGGUCUAGAUUUGUUACUAGAAAUAAAGUGAUUUGAGGAAAAAUUAUGAGCUAAUUCAACAUUUGGUCUACCGAACACUUAGCACAAUCUUAUACUUCAUUUAUCACUGGAUAUUUGUUGAACUGAUGUCUGGUAAUCAUCAUGAUUUUACAGCCUCAAGGUGGAAUAUACUGUAAUCUCUAGCUAACAGGAAGUUAGUCUGAUAAUUCACUUCAGGAAAUUGAUUUAAUGGCUUAUCCUUUUAAUUAAGACUGCAGAACUGUUAACCUAAGUUCCUAUAAUGGCAAGAGUCAAUACAAUUUAAGCUGGAAGUUACUAAGAGGUUAUUAUUCAGGUGUAAUAUCUUAUCUUUGCCUAGGGCUUAAAACCUUGUUAACUUAAUUAGUACUAGCCCAGACUUCCUGUCUCUUGUAAAGUGAACACAGUGCUCAGUGUGUUUAGGGUCUUUCCUCAGCUGAUGGCCAUUCCACUAGUGACAAGUUAACCUUUUGGCAUUUAGACCUUCCAAACUCAAGCCUUGGGUAUUCCCAUGUAUCUGACAGGUUAACCUUGAAGAACCUAGGAUUAAAUUUUAACUUUUUCUCAUGUUUGUCUUGGGUGAAUAAUUUGUCUUUUGGAGAAUAGCUUUAAGUGGCCUAGAUGCUGAUAAAACUCAGUGUCUUAUUUUGUCGACACUCAUCUCAAUAUUGUUUUAUCUUUGACCGUAUUUAAAUCUAGGAUUUAAUAGUCUAGUGAAAAAAUUAGUGGGAAGCAUGAAUAUUGGAAAAGGGGAAAGUUAAAAAGAAAGUAUUUAGAAUUAGUUUAUUAUAUUUCUAACAUUUCAGAAUUUAUUAGUUGCUUACAAACUGGUGUGGCUGUGUUGUUUAUAAAUGUUUAUGUACUAUGUUAAUUAGAAGACCAUAGGACAUUACAGCAGCUUGGCUAAUGUUAUUGGUGUGUUUACCACAGUUGCUCUUGUGGACGAAAUUACUUGUUAGAUUAAUAAAAAAAAAAUCUGUUGGCAAAAUAUGGCUUUAUACCUCAGUAUCAAGAUAUACAAAACAUAUACUUCAGAAUAUAAAUACAUUUUUUAUGGCAUUAACAUUAAUGACAGCAGUUGGUCAGCCUUUACCAUUAUCAAAGUCCAGCAGGAGUCCAAUGAUGAUUCUUUCUUAUUUUGAAUGUUAUUAGUUUGGGACCUUGAUUGGUUGGUAUUUUAUCACUGUCAUAAUUUUAAAUAAUUCAGAUUUUAAAACUAGCCUGCAGAUUUCUAAAGCAUGAUUUGAUGAUAUUCAAUACUAGGGCUUUAAAAAAAAUCUCUUGAGAGAAACGCGAGGGAUUGUAAAGUUUAGUGACUUACUAUGAUAGCAUUGUGAAAAUAAACUUACGUUGAGCUGAUGUGAAAGGAACCCCUCUUUUGUGGAAUUAAAUCUAUGCUAGGACACUUCACAUAACAACUGUAUUUAGGACAUUUUAUUUUGUAAAAAUUGUUGGUAUCAAAUAGCAUGUUCUCUUUCUAAUGCUUUUUUAACCCAGCCAGUGCUAACACUUCACCUCCUCCCUCUCGGUCUGGUACUCGAGUCUUCCUGCUCUUGGAUUGUAAACUGCUUCUCAAGCCUUAUGGUCCCUUUGUGUUUCAGUGUUGCUGAACUGACAACAGGUCUGUAGCGUGAUUCUGUGCUGGGUUGGAGCAGAGAGCAGCAGUUUACGUCAUUGUCCAUCAUUACCCCCAACCUCCAGAAUUUCUGAGAAAGUAAAAGUGACAUUCCCAAAUCUGGAGAAAAAUAAUAUGAGGACGUCCCCUCUUGACCGAUAGAGGCAAUUUAAUGAUCUCACAAGAGGAAACAAAGUGCAGAUAUUUUUAAAAAAUUCUGGUGAGCCUCUCCAUUCCAUGGUCCUGGGCUCUUUUUCCCUAGGCUUCAGAAAAGCGAAUAGAUGUGGACUUAGUUCCAAACUGUAUCUUGAAGAAAAAUAUAAACUGGUCUCAGAGUGGGAAGAGUGUUAAGUUGCCUGCUCUCUAUCAAAGCUUUUUAGAAUGUUUUCUGUUGCCUGUGUUGAGCGAAAUAAAAAGGAACAUGAUAACUAUGUAAA